AUGUGGUACGAAAUAUUGCCUUCUCUUGGAAUAAUGCUAGCUUGCGUGGUCGUUUAUCCUCCGAUUCAAAAGAGCUUAGCUUAUCUUUUUUACGGUAGAUGGAGUGGGACGAAUUUCUUCCGCUACAGAUAUGAUUUUGCUCUUCAUGUACGCGAUCGAAACCUUGUCGGUAGACAUCACGUUUUACGGGGUGUUGAAGUUAUUGAGAGUGACUAAACUUCAGUAGCGAUAACAUAUGACAGUUGUCUUCAUCCUUCAUUUAUGACAAUAUAAGUGAUUAUACUCUUCGUCUU